AUGUCUACUGAAUCCGCUUUGUCUUACGCUGCCUUGAUCUUGGCCGAUGCUGAAAUCGAAAUCUCCGCCGACAACUUGAACAAGUUGGUUUCUAAGGCCAACGUUGAAGUUGAAGGUAUCUGGGCUGACCUUUUCGCCAAGGCUUUGGAGGGCAAGGACUUGAAGGAAUUCUUCUUCAACUUCUCUGCUGCCCCAGCUGCUGGUGCUGCUCCAGCUGCCGGUGCCGCUGCUGCCGGUGCUGAAGAGGCUGCUGCUGAAGAAAAGGAGGAAGAGGCUAAGGAAGAAUCCGACGACGACAUGGGUUUCGGUUUGUUCGACUAA